CGGUUGCAGCGGAUUUCCCGCUACGCCGGGGACGUGCCGCCUCGCGCACCUGAUGAUGACAUUUCGACGCCCAGAACCCGAACGGCGGACUCCAUCCUUGAGGCGAGCGACGCUGCGGACCCCACAGGUACCGGCAGCUGGUGCUCCUCUCAGCCGGCCACCAUGGCCCGGGGGCUGCCCAGCACCGCCAGCCUGGCGCGCUUCUGGCAGAAGCUGAACCGGCUGAAGACACUGAAGGAGUCCACCACGGAGACAUCGCUGCAGCGCCACCUGACCACACUGGACCUGACCCUGCUGGGUGUGGGUGGCAUGGUGGGCUCGGGCCUCUAUGUACUCACAGGCACCGUAGCCAAGGAGAUGGCCGGCCCUGCAUUGCUCAUGUCCUUCUGUGUGGCCACUCUGGCCUCCCUGCUAGCAGCUCUAUGCCACACGGAGUUUGGGGCACGUGUGCCCCGCGCAGGCUCUGCCUACCUGUUUACUUACGUGUCCAUGGGUGAGCUGUGGGCCUUCCUCAUUGGCUGGAAUGUGCUUCUUGAGUACCUCGUUGGUGGCACCGUCAUGGCCCGCGCCUGGAGUGGCUACCUGGAUGCCAUCUUCAGCCACCGCAUCCGCAGCUUCACCGUGGCCCAUGUGGGCAUCUGGCAAGUGCCCUUCCUGGCCCAGUACCCGGACUUCUUGGCUUCUGGUAUCACACUUUUGGCCUCUGCAUUGAUCUCCUGUAGAUGCCGCAUCUAUUCCUGGCUCAACCAUAUCUUCCUUGCUGUCAGCCUGCUCGUCAUCCUCUUCAUCAUCAUCCUGGGGUUUGUCCUGGCCCGCCCGCACAACUGGAGCACUGAGGAGGGCGGCUUUGCGCCCUUCGGUUUCUCUGGUGUCAUGGCCGGUGCCGCCACCUGCUUCUAUGCUUUCGUGGGCUUUGAUAUCAUUGCAGUCUCCUGCGAGGAGGCCCAGAACCCAAAGCGGGCCGUGCCUAUGGCCAUCACCAUCUCACUUGGCCUGGUGGCUGGUGGCUAUAUCCUUGUCUCCAUUGUCCUCACCCUCAUUGUGCCAUGGCACAGCCUGGACCCUGACUCAGCACUCGCUGAUGCCUUCUACCAGCGGGGCUACAACUGGGCAGGCUUGAUUGUGGCAGCUGGCUCCGUCUGCGCCAUGAACACUCUCCUCCUCAACGACCUCUUUUACCUGCCACGCAUGGUCCAUGCCAUGGCCGCCGAUGGGCUCUUCUUCCAGGUGUUUACCUACAUGCACCCCCAGACGCAGGUGCCCAUGGUGAGCAUCCUGGUGUUCGGGGUCCUCAUGGCUUUCCUGGCGCUGCUGCUGGACCUCCAGGCACUGGUCCAUUUCUUGUCCCUGGGAACACUGCUGGACUAUACCUUCGUGGCCACCAGCAUUAUAGUGCUACGCUUCCAAAAGACCCCUCCAUCUAGUUCCCUGGGCCCAGUCAGCCCUGGCCCUGUGGCUGAGGGGUAUGAGGACUCCUCAGGACACAGACGGCUGGAGGACACUGAGCAGCCCUCAGCCCCUGAGCCCGGGCAGCUGCGACCAGCCCUGAGGCCCUUCCUUGGCUUCAUGAGUGGAUGCAGACCUGGAGUCGCCGUGGCCUGGGCACUCUGUGUCCUGGUGGUCUCAGCCAUCAUUCUGGACUGCGGGCUGAUCUUUGGGGACUCGGCCCUGCACCUCCCACCCUGGGGCCACACCCUGCUGCUCCUGCUCAGCUCUGUCCUGUUUCUGCUCAGUCUCCUCGUCCUGGGGGCCCACCAGCAACAGCACCGGGAGGACACCUUUCAGGUUCCCAUGGUGCCCCUGACUCCAGCCCUGAGCAUCCUCCUCAACGUCUUCCUCAUGCUGCAGCUGAGCUACCUGACCUGGCUGCGCUUGUCUGUCUGGCUAUUGAUCGGACUCGUGGUGUAUUUUGGCUAUGGCAUCAGGCACAGCAAGGAGAACCAGCAGGAGCUGCCAGGGUUGACUGCCACACAAGGCAGCCUGGAGGAGACGGUGCAGGCCCUACAGCCCCUCAACCAGGCCCCAGCCCAGGAGCCCAGUCAAAUGGAGCAGGCUACCAGUCUAUGAGGACCGCUGGGGGCCUGCCUGCCCUCCCCUACCUCCUCAGGAGGCUGGAGGGGAUGGCAGCCCCUUCUAUCUGGGUCAGCUUGGGUUUGCAGGCCUGCCCAUGCCACGGGGUCCUCAGGACCACAGGAGCUUAGCACAGGUGCCGAACUUCAAAUCAUUUGAAUGGGCUGUGGCCCGAACUUCCCUGCCUGAGACAGACCUGGGCUGAGCCUCUCUGACUGUGGCCAUCACCUCUUUCCACCCUUCUCCCCUGCCUCCCCACCCACCCCAACCUGGCCCCUACCUGCCUAGAGACCAGGACGUCAAAGAGGAUCCUCCGCACCUGAGGCCUCCCCGAGUGAGUGGCUGUCCUGGGGGCAGGAGAGUCUACUGGCCUGCUCUGCCCACUCCUGGGCUGGCCCGGCCCUCACAGGCCUCAUCUAACUCAUCCAUUGACUCCAUCCACCCCCAGUUUGAGACUUGGGUCUCAGCCCUGUGUCACUGCUGAGGACACAGGGGACAAGCAAGCUGGGACCUGCCUCUCAGAAGCUCCCUGCCUGCUGAGGGGAUGGGGACAGAAGGGUCCCUAAACAGAUGCUGUCAGUGGGGUGGGGGCAGUGGGGGCAGGCCUGGGCUGUGGGGUCCAGAGAGGGGACUCACUCCUCUGGGAACCAGGGGCUUCCUGCCAGGAGACUGUCAGGCUGGUUUUCCAGGCGUCAGGAAGGAGUUCGAGGCAGAGACGUAGGAUGGGGAGAGCACAGAGGGGAGGGGGCAGGGCGUGGGCAGGUCCUGCCCCACAUGGUUGUGAAGAGCUGGGGAGGUCGGCUAAGCCAGGCCAGGCCAGCCCCAGCGAGCAGUGUCAAGGGGCAUCCCCUCCAGGUCUGGUGGCUGUGUGCAUGUCUGCUUAGGAGACUCAAAGGUAUGAUGAUACAUGCAAGGCAAGAUCCUUGAGUGCAUCCUGGAUCGGAAAAUAAAAAUAGGACUAUUAUUGGCACAGCUGGGGAAAUUUAAAUGUUAGAUUUGUCUGCCAGUGAUAAAUUUCCUGAAUGUGACAAGAGGACAGCGGUCACCAGGGGAAGGUCCUCAUUCUUAGGACAGCAUUGAGAGGGGUGAGUGUCUGGAUAUCUGCCACUUGCUUUCCAGCAGUUUCCUUUGAAAUCUAAAUAUACCCAGCUCCCUCUAGAGGACAGAGAAAGCAAAUGGGACAAAAUGGUAAAAAUAAAUAAAUAAAAACAAACCUGGCGAAGCCAGAUGAAGGCUA